CAUCCAUCUACCUCCUCUAUUUAAUCCACUCUCAAAAGAGGUGAAUUGAUUUGCUCUGAUUGAAUUAUCUAUCUCUCAGAUGCUUGAUCAAAAUGAGUGAGGCAACACCUAAAAAUCAAAAGAAGGCAGGGAAAAGUGGAGAGAAAGUAGAUGUUGGCUCAUCUGAAAUGACUACAAUGAAUGGCAAUAAUUCAGCAAAAUUUUCGGCCAAGAAAAGAAAGCGAAAAGGUCCAAACGAAGUCUCUCCAAGUCCUGCACCAAAUCAAAGCACAAAUGCAUACUUUGAUCAGACUUUGUCGCCCACGCCAUCCACACCUAUUCCUAACGCCAAGAAGGCAAAAUUGAACAAGAAUGGAAUCACGCCCAAGAAUGAACAAAGUGGAGCACGUAAUUCCAGAUCCAGCAGUAAUGAUGUGACCAUGAGUCAAGAUGACGUUGGUGUGAUACUGAUCACAUGCACACAGAUCAGCAGUGUUCAUUAUCUGCGUGUUGUGAAAGAAGGACAAUCUUGGAAACAAACGUUGGAUUUUAUUCGUCGUAAAUGGCCACAAUUGGCAGAUUUGAAAGAUUAUCAGAUUCAAUUCACAUGUCAAUUCUCAAACAAGACAAUGUCAGUUGAUGAAAAAGAAGACUUUGAAGCGAUCGUCUCUUUGGCGAUCACCAAAGGUACGCAACCUGAAGAUCCUUUGACUUUGGACGUGAAGCCCAAUAUGGAUGGUAAGCCAAAACCAGCCAAGGCAGCAGGCAGAAAGGGUGUGUCAAAGGCAGUUCAAAGUGAGGUGCCAAACACUCCUGCCAAUGCCAAAAAGGCAGCUGGCACAAAUACACCAACGACUUGGAAUAUUUCCAUCGAAGUUCCUACACCUGAAGAAAAUGCAAAGGCAGGUGAAGAAGGAGCACCAAAGGUAGAGACGAAUGUCGCCAAACAAGCACCAAAGAAGGCAGCAAAGAGAAAAUCCUCGCCAAAUCAGAUUGUGGAAAGGGAUAUGUCACUUGAUACCGAUGCAGAAGAUCUUGAAGUGCAAAACGAAUUAGGUCUGGCUGAUGACGUCAAACCUGAUCAGGACGUGAACGCUGAAGUCACAGCUAAGAAGCCCAAAGGCAGAAAAUCUCAACAGACCAGCACAGAGGCCAUUGGAGGGGAUGAAACACCCGCACCAGCCAAAACCGAAGAGAAAGGUGCUAAGAAGGCACGAAAAUCGACCAAGGCUCAAAGUGGUGUGGAAGAUAAGUCUGUGGCAACGGACUCGGUUGAAGAACCUCAGCCUGUCGAAAUUGAAAUUGCGAAAGUGAUCGAAGGCGGUAUGGAGAAGGUGACAGAGUGGUAUGAGAAGUUGAAAGAGAAGGCUGAAUUGACAUCAAAUGAGUUGGAUGCACGCAACAAAUUUGGUGAAUGGCUUGAUAAUUUCAGAUCGCAAGAAGCACAAAAAGCAGAAGACGAGAAGAAGCAAAAAGAAGCCGAAGAGAAAGCGUUGAAGAAAGAAGAGGAAAAGAAGCGAAAAGCGCAAGAAGCUGAAGAAGAAAAAAAGAAGAAAGCGCAGGAAGCUGAAGAGGAGAAGAAGAGAAAGGCACUAGAAGCUGAAGAGGAAAAGAAGCGAAAGGCACAAGAAGCCGAUGAAGAGAAGAAGAGAAAGGCACAAGAAGCCGAAGAGGAAAAGAAGAGAAAGGCACAAGAAGCCGAAGAGGAAAAGAAGAGAAAGGCACAAGAGGCCGAUGAAGAAAAGAAGCGAAAAGCACAAGAAGCGGAAGAGAAGAAGAAGGCUGUGGCGGAGGAGAAGCAGAGAAAGAAAGACGAGCUAGCAAAGCAAAAAGCUGAAGAGAAGGCAAAGAAGGAAGCAGAAGCUGCCGCAAAGAAAGAAGAAGCUGCUGCUAAACGCAAAGCAGCUGCGGAGGAAAAAGAAAGAAAGCAAGCUGCUAUAAAGGCAAAGAAGGAAUCUGACAGGCAAGAAUUGGAGGAGUUGAAGAGAAAGGCAGCCGAAGAAGAGGCAAAGAAGAAGAAAGAGGAUCAAACACAGACUGAACCAGCAAAAACAGAAUCGACAAAGAAAGAAGCUGAGAACAAAAAGGACCAAACGUCCAAUGGGGCAAAUGCCGAUGAUGAUUCGAGCGACACAAGUUCAUCUUCUUCAGAGAGUGAUUCUGAUGACAGCUCUGAUAGCGACAGUGACAGCGAAUCGGGCGAUUCAAGCGAAACCGAGUCCGAAUCAGAAAAGAAGAAAGCUUCCAAUGCUGCGCCCGCCAAAACAUCGUCUCCAAAGAAGGGUGAUACCAUAAAAGGGAAGCAAGAUAACAAAGCAUCUUCUUCGCUUUCAUUCGGCUAUCCCCGCUUGUCCGCCUUGGAUCCUUCGAAAAUUAAAGUUUCAAGUCCUCAAACCCCAUCUAUAUACCCAGCCAUCAACGGAAAGAAGGUAACGGAUGACGGCGACUCAUCUGAGGAUCAAAUCGAUGAAGACGAUGAUGAUGAUUCAUCGUCUGAUAGUUCAUCUUCGUCUGAUGACUCUUCUUCUGACGAAGAUGAACCAAGUAGCAAAAACACGAAAGCUUCUAAUAAACAAACUUCAUCUAUUCCUCAAACAAAACGAGCAGGUGCGAAAGCCGUCAAUCAAAAGUCAGGAAAGGGAGAAAGUUCAAAGAAGCAAAAGAGUCUUUUAUCGAAAUUGGCCGCUAAGUCAUCGUGAACAUAUCUCCUGUGCUCUGACAUAACGAUAUCCUUGUAUUUUAUUCAAUAGUGCGGUCCUAUCGUCCCAUUUAUAUCGUUCAUUGUACAUACAUUCGUCCUAUGUAUUCAAUACUCUGUAUCAUCAGAAUUAAUGUUAUCAUUCUUAUUUGACCAUCG